UUCCCGACCUACAAGGCAAGUAUAUGGUGUAUUGUUUCAUACUGCGCAAUAGCUACCAUAUAUGUGCUCCUAAAUGAUCCUAUAGAAAAUCCCUACGGAGUCCACACUUUGGAUUUUCAAGCUAGUGUUGAUUUGAACUUCAUUUCGUAAUCACACAUACAUAGAUGUCUGUGAAUUAUUGACAGUGUUUUCAAAAGUGAUACGUUACUCAGUUAAAUAGUGUAAGAAACUAGUGUGCACAAAAGUGGUAAUUUUGAAGAUAUUCGUACUAAAGAAGCUACAAGAAACCAAGAUGAAGUUAUCACAGUCAAUGUUAAAAAUGAUAAUAAAACUGCUAAUUCUAAUGAUGUUAUUUGUGAUAAUGUUUCUUAUAUCAUCAUUUCUAUAUAGUGCGAGGUACUGGCCAGAUGUUUAUAACUACAUAAAUGCGAAUAUCACAAUAAAAAGGAUUCCUACGAUAUCAGAGCUAGAAUUAACUGUUGUAGAAGUAGAUACAUAUACGACAGAAACAUACACAACUACUGAUGUAGAAUAUAUUGAUGUAUCAACAGUCAAUGAUUUUGAUAUCGACGAAUUCAUGAAAGAUGAAAUAGAUCCGAAAGGCAAAGUUAAGAGAAAUAUUGUGUAUGAACAAUUGAAAGAUUACAUAGAGUUACCUACAAGACCUAUAUUUGUUGAUUAUGUAUUUCUUGAAGAACCUUUAAAACAAGAAAUACCACCUAUGAACGUAGGUACUGAAGAUGAAACCAAAGUAAAUAAAAAAAAUGUAGAUAUAUUAAAAACAGUAGUUACGGGAGUAGUUGUAGACGACGAUUUACCUAAAACAACAGUUAGUGAAGAACCGGCAGUAACCAAACUUUAUUACACAGUACAACCAACAGUAAGUGAUAAAAUAAAAAGAUGUGUUGAUGAAGAUGACACCACUGAACAGUAUUUACCAGAAACUGUCAUAGAACAUACAACAACAGUAGAAGGUUAUCUGGUUGGUGAUGAUUCCAAAGCAAUGGUUGACGAGGUUACAGAAGAACCGGUUGUUUUAACAACGAAAGCGAACGAAAACGAGUUGGUUGAUGACGAACAUGAUGAGAGGUUGAUGAAGGACCUGGUUGAUAUGAGCAAGAUGAGCACCAGGAGUUCUGAUGACGUGGAAAUGGUUACUGGGAAACCUGAAAAAAUUAUGAUGUUGGACCCCACCUGCGAUGGUGACGCGGCCUGCAUACAGUUCACGAAGACGGUGUACCCCUGGGUGGCGAGCAUCUUCGUCACCAGCGAGGAUCGGGGCAGCCAGUUCAGCUACUACUGCGAUGGAGCGUUGCUGACGGAGAAGGUCAUUGUUACUGGUGCGAGAUGUAUUUCCGUCUCCAAUAAGACGUGGAACCCUGAGAAUGUGCUGGUCUUCCUUGGAAAGACUAAUUUGCAGAUCUUUGGAGGCAAUGAGAAAGUUCACAAGGUAAAGUCCCUGGUUCUCCACCCGAACUUCACAUUAGAAGCUGAGGGUAAAGCUGCCAGCGACCUGGCUCUUCUGGUGCUGGAAGACGCAGUCAUGUUCAACGAGAACAUCCAGUCUGCCUGCAUCCACCAGGAUAAUAGCUUUGAGGAGGCUGCUACUACAGCAUGGGGUUUGAACGGUGCUCUCUACCCGAUAUUGUUCAACAAGCAGAAAAGUGAUCAAUGCUUCGACAAGGACGAAGAUGUCUUCUGUGCUACAUACGGUAAUGACGUAGCCCUCUGCCCAAGUUACGGCGGCAUCUUCGCGUCCAGGCAGAUGGACCGCUGGUGUCUCUCCGGCAUCUUCCACGGCGACCCGAAGGAGCGAGGCAUCUGUUUCAACAAGAACGUCCAGUAUACUGCACUGAGGAACUUCCUCAAGUGGAUCGAUGAUACUGUUGGAAUGUAUAAGAAUGGCAUCUUGUUGUAGAA